AUGUCAUCGCCUAUGGCUCUCCGGACACUCCUUCGCACUCCGCCAGCUCUACGACCGCUUCUGCUCCAGACUUCACGAGCCGCAUACCACUCAUACGACCAUGCAGAACAGCCAGUCUAUCGCGAGGCAGAGCGAACUAUCCUCUCCUCUGCGCUUGCUCACGUCCCAACACAUGGCUUCACACAGGAGGCGCUCACACUAGGCGCGAAGGAUUCUGGAUACCUCGAUGUCUCCACGAACCUCUUUCGCAAGGGCACGUUCGAUCUGGUCAAGUACUAUCUAGUAUCGCAACGAAUGGGCUUGAAGGAUCGCAUCCAGUUCCCAGAUGAAAAUAUCGGAGUCGGCAGAAAGGUCAGGGGUCUGAUACUUGAACGGCUACGCGCGAACGUGGACACAGGCAUUGUGACGAGAUGGCAGGAAGCACUCGCGAUCAUGUCACUGGCGGACAACAUACCGGCGUCAUUACGGGAGCUGGGUGCGUUGGCAGAUGAGAUGUGGUUUCUGGCUGGAGACACAUCUGUUGAUUCCUCGUGGUACACGAAGAGGGCAUCAUUGUCGGGGGUGUAUGCUGCGACGGAGAUCUUCCAGACUACGGAUCAGUCUACGGAGUUCAGGGACACGGAGCAGUUUCUCGAUAGACGGCUGGAGGAGCUGAGGACUGUUGGAGGGACGGUCAGUGGGGGGUGCACUGGUGAAUCUACUGCGGAGUAA